AUGAGAAAUUGUGAACGUGAGGGCAAGGAGGACCUCAUCGUUGCACUGGAGACCAGUUCUGCGUGGAAACAACAUGCUGAAGAAAAUUCAUCAAAACAUUGUGAAGGCCAUAUGUGGAACUUUCAAAAACUCUCUCAACAUCCCUAUUCAUUCUCUGCUCGUGUCAACCAGUCCACGAAUGAAACGACAAACUCCUUGGACCGGGCGAAUGCAACAGAAAGAGACGAGGGGUGCAAGCUGAAGUACCCUUGGAUGAGGGAGACACAUACAUCUAUAAACUUCAGCUCCAUUAACGUCAUGGAAUCAGGUGAUUUCAGGUACAGCAAUGGUGAAGUACAGGAGAGCAGCUGUUCUAACAGUAAACGGGCACGUGCAGCAUUCACCUCCUCCCAGCUGCUCGAGCUGGAGGAGUUGUUUCACUUCAGCGCUUACCUGUGCCGCAACCGGAGACUUGAAAUGGCUGCGCUGCUGAAGCUCACUGACUGCCAGAUUAAAAUCUGGUUCCAAAACCGUCAUAUGAAGGAUAAGAAAGAUCACAAAGAAAAGUCAAAUGCAAAGUCCUCUUACUCCUACCUGGAAACAGGUAACCAACCCUUUGUGAUUAGUGGCAGUACAGCGGAUUCCCCAGUGCCUUUAAAAUUCCAGUACCACUAUGAGAGAACAUCAAUGUCUGGUAUGAACUGUGCACAGAACCACUGGUGAAACAGGAAGUCCAACAACCAGGGUCUUCUGCUUUCAGAAUCCAGCUGUCAGCACUAAAAUAGCACUAAAGCCUGAUUCACAUGAAUGACUGAAUAAAUAUGGUACAAAAUAUGUACCCGUUCUGUCACUGACCAGUUUUUCCCCCAUUAUAACUCUCUCUGACAUGAUUUAUAUUUAAGGAAAUUGAAGAUUUAUUUCCCCUUGGUAAUGAUUUAUAUGAAAAUGUAAGUUCAAUAGCCAAGUUUGCUCUGAACCAGAUUACAUGUUAUCAGCUAGUACAUGGUAAAAUCAGAGUUAGUCUCCACUGUGCAUAAGCCGCUGUAGUAAUAAUAUCUUUGCAAAGCGUCUACUCUGAGUUUGACUUUACACAAGUUUUGUUUUCCUGUUGAUACUGAAUUCAUGGUGUUUUGACUGACAAACAAAUAAAGCAACAAAACAGGAAUAAUUCACUGUCACAAUGCUAAGUCAAUGUCAGAAUUCUUGCUUUGAUAAUGUUUUGAUUUGAUUUUACCUAUUCAUGUAGACUAAAGUGUGAACAAGACGGAGCAGCAAUGUAAAAUGUUUAUAUUUCUAGAUCUUGCCACUUUUAUUGUAAUUUGGUCAUAUCUGAUUAAAAGCAUGCAUUUUGAAAUGGCA